AUGGAGAAUUUAAAUGGCUAUAUGGACGUUAACGAUUGGCGCUUGUUAUAUGCCAUGGGCACUAUCAUAUUGAGCCCUCUUUAUUGGAAUGUUAUUGGUCGUUUGGAGAUGAAAACCAAGUUUUUUACGAGCAUUUUUGGUUCAAAUUAUAUUGGAUGCUAUUUUAUUGGAUUAACUAUAUUAAUGUUAGGCUUUCAUAGGGACUAUCGGUUUUAUGAUCUAAUUGAAGCUCAACCGAAAUCAGACUUUUUGGAUCAGGAAAGUUUUAAAUUUAUUGGAACUGCCCUAAUGGUAGUUGGUACUAUUUUAGUACUAACGUCCUAUUGGAGGCUUGGAUUUACUGGAACCUUCUUGGGUGAUUAUUUCGGAAUCUUACUGGAGGAGAGAGUUACAACAUUUCCAUUUAAUAUUUUUGAUAACCCAAUGUAUAUUGGGUCAACUUCAAAUUUCCUGGGAUUAGCUUUACGAUCCGCUAGCCCAUGUGGUAUUAUUAUGUCAGGAUUUGUUUACUUGGUCUACUGGAUAGGAUUACUACUGGAAGAGCCAUAUACCGAAGAAAUUUAUCGUCAAAAGAAUGAAAAAUUGACGUAG